UACAACCUUCACCUUUCUCCCAAUAAAACAAUAUACGUUAUUUGAUUUGGUUUAGGCAGUUUUUAUAUGUCCCAAAUUAAAUUAAUUGUGAUUUGGUUAAGUUUAAUCCAAAAGUGCAUGUUUUUAGUGUAAAAAUGGAGCCACACUUGUCAAAUUGAUUUAAUUUUGGUGGUUUGAACGGUCAGGGUGGUUGUUUGCCACCGCUGUCUCCACCCCUAAAAAAGCACCUUUCAGAAAGAAUCCACAUAUUAAUGUUACAUAGAACAGAAAUAAAUAAUUGACCAAAAAAAAAAGAAAAAGAAAUAAAUAUAGCAGGAGUAAAAAGCAAGACUAAUAAAUAAAGAGGAAGUUAAAAAAAAAAAAAAAAAAAGUGAGAGGACCAACCAACCAAGACGUGUUGCUUAAACAUCUUGGCGCCGUCUCUGUCUGCUUGUGAUAGUGAUAGUUGUCGUGAAACCCUACGACGUUCGGAAAAUCUUCACUUGCAUUAUUUAUUAGUUAGCUUAAACCCUAAACCCACACAGAGAUUUACAGAGUGAUCCGAAACGACGAUGUUGGGUGUUAUAAGGCGAAGAGUCGUUUCUGGAGCCUCCUCUGCUUCGAUUCUGGGGCAGUCAUUGCACUCAAUCCGACCUAUUGCAAGCUCUGAGAUUCUGCUUCAACCCAGAGGAGGAUUGGGUCGGGUCCGGAACCUUUCUCACCUCAUUUUUGCAGGUUCCUCGCCUUGUAUCAAGAAAACCAGGAAUGUUGGCGUUGUUAUUCAACUAGAGCCCAUCAGGCAAAUGUGGAGCAGGCCCUUUUCUUCAGAGACUGGGGAUUUCAUUGAUGCGGUUGUCCCUCAUAUGGGUGAAUCUAUUACUGAUGGCACUUUGGCGAAAUUUUUGAAGAACCCUGGCGAUCGUGUUGAAGUUGAUGAACCAAUUGCUCAAAUUGAAACAGAUAAGGUGACAAUUGAUGUUGCUAGUCCUCAGUCCGGUGUGAUUCAAAAGUUUGUGGCCAAUGAAGGGGAUACUGUCGAACCAGGUACCAAGAUUGCUGUUAUCUCAAAGUCUGUUGAUGGUGUAGACCAUGUUGGUCCAUCUGAGAAGACAUCCGACAGAGCUGCUGCUCAAUCAUCUCCCCCUGUUGAAAAUAUUGACAAGAAGAAAGAACCUAAAGUUGAAACUACACCUGUUACUGAGAAGCCUAAACCUCACUCUCCACCACCUUCUAAACCCUCUGCUAGAGAACCCCAGCUUUCCCCCAAGGAAAGGGAAAGAAGAAUUCCUAUGACAAGGCUCCGGAAACGGGUUGCUACGAGAUUGAAAGAUUCACAAAACACAUUUGCAAUGCUGACGACAUUCAAUGAAGUUGAUAUGACAAAUUUGAUGAAGCUUCGUUCUGACUACAAGGAUGCAUUUGUUGAGAAGCAUGGAGUCAAGUUGGGGCUUAUGUCUGGAUUUAUAAAAGCUGCUGUCAGUGGACUCCAAAAUCAGCCUAUUAUUAAUGCAGUCAUUGAUGGGGAUGAUAUCAUAUAUAGAGAUUACAUAGAUAUAAGCAUAGCCGUUGGUACUCCCAAGGGCCUUGUUGUGCCAGUUAUUCGCAAUGCCGAUAAGAUGAAUUUUGCUGAGAUAGAGAAGGAGAUGAACACCCUUGCAAAGAAGGCAAACAAUGGAUCUAUAUCAAUUGAUGAGAUGGCUGGAGGUUCAUUCACUAUAUCCAAUGGUGGAGUUUAUGGAAGCCUUAUAAGUACCCCCAUCAUCAACCCCCCUCAGUCGGCAAUCUUGGGUAUGCACUCAAUAGUUACCCGUCCAAUGGUUGUGGGAGGCGACAUCGUUCCACGGCCAAUGAUGUACAUUGCUCUUACCUAUGACCAUAGGUUGAUUGAUGGAAGAGAGGCAGUUUUCUUCUUGCGUCGUAUUAAAGAUGUUGUUGAGGAUCCUCGGAGGCUUCUCCUCGACAUAUGAAGCACCUCAUCGGCAGUGGCACAUGAUUUCAUUCGGGGGUUUUUCGAGAAUCAUAUACUUACGGAAAAAUAAAUACGUAAUAGGUCAAUUUUGUAGGAUCUGAUUUGUUAGUUGAGACCCUAUAGGCGAUUGCAGCUGGUUGAGAUUAAAUCUGAAAUGAGAGAGCUUGUCAGGUUGAGUCUUCCGAUUUUUGUAGUUGAUCGGCCUAGUUCUUGUUUUGUGCUACUGUGAAUCUUAUCAUGGGGAAUUGUUUCCAAGUGAAAUACCUUCCAACUUUCAUAUCUUUGCGUGGAAAACAUCUUAUUCAAAAGUAUCUGAUGACAUGAGAUCAUAAUAAAUUCUUCAAUCUUAUUUUGACCGGCGAUUCAAAUCGGUUGUUUU